AUCCACUUCAAGAUCAAGGGCAGAAAUCAAAACAAACCACUGCAUUGUACGGGGCGCAUCAGCUGGCUGAGAGAUGGCAGGGUAUUCAAGCUGCCUCAUGGUGGCAUUUUUGUUUGUGUUCGUGCAAAAAGCGUGGACAGCUGGCGGAGCAGGAAAUGGUCUUGGAGAGCUGUAUGAGUGGCACACACUGGAAGAGGGUCUACAGAUAUCACAGAAGACUGGGAAGCCCCUUAUGCUGAUUAUUCAUAAGUCUUGGUGUGGUGCAUGCAAAGCUUUCAAACCUAAGUUUGCUGAGUCUGCUGCAGCACUGGAGUUGAGUAAGCAUUUUGUGAUGGUGAACACAAUGGACAAGGAAGAGCCAAAGGAGUCCAAAUAUGAACCUGAUGGGGGAUAUAUCCCCAGAAUUCUCUUCAUUGAUUCCAAGGGAGAUGUGCGGCCAGAGAUCUACAACAAAAAUGGUAACCCAGAGUAUAAGUUCUUUUAUCAUGAUGACAAGAGUGUUGUGGAGUCAAUGAAGCAGGCAAAGGAGCUGCUGACAGCACACACAGACAGAGGUAAUGAACUUUGACAUUCUGGCAACAUUAGUAAGCUGUGUGUAGGUAAAUAUAAGAACAUAUUGUACUGACACGUUUUAUAAUUUGUAAUAGAAUUACUUGACACCCAA